UGCUUUUUCCAUCACUAAAUAAAUAUUAUUAACACUAACAGUGUAGUGAUGGACUAUCUUCGUUCUAUAUGGGAAUGCUUAGCAUCCAUUUGUAAUUGUUGGCAUUGUACCGACGAGCUAGGCAGCCAAGGCAUUGAACCCAGCGAGAGGACGCAUCUGCUUGCAGAUUCUGUUAAUCAAAGUCCAGCUUUGCGGCGAAGUAACUCAGCUGAUUUAAGCAAUGAUUAUUCUCAAUCACUACCAAAGAAAGAUGACCAAAAUGCGUUAUCAAGAUUGGUGCAAAAUACAGCAAUCAACAUGAUAAAUGUGGGAGCCCUGGAUUCUCACACCUUGGAGCAUCAAGAGUAUACAGAUAGAAUUAAAUUAUAUUCACAGCGUCUUCAACAACAAUGGAACAAUAUUCAACACCCUGGCUUUGUACAAAAAGGCCUAUUAAAGGACGUACCCAACCAUCAAUCUUAUUUAUCAAAAGGUAUACCUUCAGAUGAUACUGCUCAGAUGCGAGUAUUUGUACAAAAAUCCAUCGCCGGUGUAUUGAGUAUACAAGUCGAUCAUAGAGAAGCGGUUGUUGUUCCGUUUGAAAUCCCCUAAAAAUAAAUAAU